AUGAAAAUGACCGGAGCUAUGGAAAGUGCUUUCAAACUAGCGCUGAGGAAGCCGCCCGCCCUGCGGUCGGCAGAGGACCUGCACACCAUCUACUGCCACCUCUACCACAUGGAUGUCCUCUCGCACCUCAGGGAGCACCAGCUGAGGUCCAUGUGUACCUCGGUCAGGUAUGAGAGACAUGAGGCCAACCACAUCCUCUUUUUUCCCGACAGCAUCGCCAACUGUUGGUACAUCCUCCUGUCUGGGUCAGUCUUUGUCAAGGAGCACAUGUACCUGGCCAGGUGUUGUUUUGGCAAGCAGCUGGGGGGCCGGCGAGGCUGCGAAUGCAUCACGUUGGAACCGUCAGAAAUGAUUGUGGUGGACAACGGCGGCGAAGGGGACGACGGCUUUCUGCACCGGGAUGGCUCGCAGCGACGUUCCCGCCGGCGCUUCCGCAGGAUCAACCCCAAGGGCGAGCGGGAGCUAAUCACUGACGGGCAAGAACCUUCCUCCUACAAGGAUCAUCGGAAUAAUCACCUUCCAGCCGACCUCAAUAAGAUGCACUUGACGGACCACGCCCACCAGCAGGUGAUGCACGUGCCUGCCAGUCAGUCGGGCUGCAGCAUCGCCAGUGACUCGGGCAGCAGCAGCCUGUCGGACAUCUACCAGGCCACAGAAAGCGAGCUCGGCGAUGUGGACCUUUCUGGCCUUGCCGAGGCUGCCGUGGACAGCGAGGAGGAGGAAGAGGACGAAGAAGACCUGGAAAGGGCAUCUGACGCGCUGCUGGGUCGGGACCUGGUGCGUGAGUGUCUGGAGAAGGACCCGGCUGACCGAAACGACGAUGAUGUCGAGCAACUGCUGGAGUUUAUGCACCAGCUGCCAGCAUUCGCCAACAUGACCAUGUCGGUGCGCCGUGAACUGUGCGGCGUGAUGGUGUUUGAGGUGGUAGAGCAGGCAGGCACCAUCAUUCUGCAUGACAAGCAGGAGCUGGAUCAGUGGUACGUCAUCCUAAAUGGGGCGGUGGAGAUUGGGCGACCCGAGAGCCGGGCGGAAACGCUAUGCAUGGGCAAUAGCUUCGGCAUCUCUGCCUCCAUGGAAAAGCAGUACAUGAAUGGCGAAGUCCGCACCAAAGGGGACGACUGCCAGUUGGUGUGCAUCGCCCAGGAGGACUACUGGCGCAUCCUCAACCACGUGGAGAAAAACACACACAAGGUGGAAGAGGAGGGCGAGAUAGUCAUGGUGAAGGAGCACCGCGAGCUAGACCGGAGCGGCACCCGCAAGGGGCACAUCGUCAUCAAGGGGACCCCCGAGCGUCUAAUUAUGCACCUGGUGGAAGAGCCUUCGGUGGUGGAUCCGACUUACAUUGAAGACUUCCUGCUCACCUACCGAACCUUCGUGUCCAGCCCCAUGGAGGUGGGCAAGAAGCUGCUGGACUGGUUCCAGAUGGACACUCUCAGAGACACGGUUACGCGUAUUGUGCUUCUGUGGGUAAACAACCACUUCAACGACUUUGAGGGCGAUACGGGCAUGACACGCUUCUUGGAAGACUUUGAAAAGCUGCUGGAAGCCACGAAAAUGAAAGGUCACCUGCGGCUGCUUAACAUCGCGUGCGCUGCCAAGGCUAAGUGGCGGCAGAUCACGCUGCAGAAGGCGUCGCGUGAGUCGCCGCUCUACUUCAGCGUGCAGGGCGGGAGCGAGCGCGGCUUCGGCAUCUUCGUGGAGUCCGUGGAAGACGGCAGCAAAGCGGCCGAGGCGGGACUCAAACGCGGAGACCAGAUCAUGGAGAUCAACGGGCAGAACUUUGAGAACAUCUCCUUCUCUAAAGCUGUAGACAUCCUGAGGAACAACACGCACUUGUCACUCACGGUUAAGACCAACAUAUUCGUUUUCAAAGAGCUUCUCAGCCGGAUCUUGCAUGAGAAAAAGAACGGCGGGCCGCACAUUCCAAAAAUCCAGGAAAAGAAGGGCAACCGCUUCUCCAUCCCGGACUUACCCGGCGACAUGGAGUUUGCCACCGACCACAAGGUCACACGCAAAAUGAAGGCCAACACGGUGUCGGGCGGCCGCAACAAGAUCCGCAAAAUGCUGGAGAAGACGCGCUUCAGUAUACUGCCACCCAAACCUUUCAGGGGCCUGUUUGGUGACGGUGGAUUGGGCCAGUCGCAGGACGACAGUAUCGUGGGUACCAAACAGUGCCGGCACAGCGUAGCUAUUAUGCCCAUCCCUGGCAGUCUGUCGUCAAGCAGCCCGGACCUCCUACAGCCCGCUACCAGCGUCCUGGACUUCUCCAACCCGGCAGCACUGGGACUCUACUACAUUCCGGACCAGGUGAUCAGAGUGUUCAAGGCCGAUCAGCAGAGCUGCUACAUCAUUAUCAGCAAGGAUACCACCGCCAAGGAUGUGGUCGCCCACGCCGUUAACGAGUUUGGAUUAACGCCGGCCGCCGAGAACUACUCACUGUGCGAGGUGUCCGUCAGCCCUGAGGGCGUCAUUAAGCAACGUCGCCUGCCUGACCAGCUCUCCAAGCUAGCCGACCGCAUUCAACUUAAUGGCAGGUACUACCUGAAGAACAACAUGGAGACAGAGACGCUGUGUUCAGACGAGGACGCCCAGGACCUGCUGCGUGAAAGUCACAUUUCGCUGCUGCAGCUCAGCACCAUGGAGGUGGCCGCCCAACUCUCUAUGCGGGACUUUGAGCUCUUCCGAAACAUCGAGUCCACCGAGUACGUGGACGAUCUGUUCAAGCUGGACUCGGCGGGGGGCGGCAGCCACCUCAAACGCUUUGAGGAGGUCAUCAACCAGGAGACCUUCUGGGUGGCCACCGAGAUCCUCAAAGAACCAAACGCCCUUAAGAGGAUGAAGACCGUCAAGCACUUUGUUAAGAUUGCCCUGCACUGCCAAGAGUGCAAGAACUUUAACUCCAUGUUUGCUAUUAUCAGUGGUCUAAACUUGGCCCCGGUGGCUCGCCUGCGCAGCUCGUGGGAGAAGUUACCCAGCAAGUACGACAAACUUUUCGGGGACCUCCAGGACGUAUUCGAUCCAUCGCGGAACAUGGCCAAGUACCGAAAUAUCCUGAGCGGCCAGAGCAUGCAGCCGCCCGUCAUCCCUCUCUUUCCCGUGGUCAAGAAAGACCUUACGUUCCUGCAUGAAGGCAACGACUCAACAGUGGACGGUCUCGUCAAUUUUGAGAAGCUGCGGAUGAUCGCCAAGGAGAUCCGCCAUGUAGUCCGAAUGACAUCGGCCCACAUGGACCCUGCUCUGAUGUUCCGACAACGGAAGAAGAGGUGGAAGAGUUUAGGGUCCUUGAGUCAAGGAAGCACCAACUCCAAUAUGCUAGACGUGCAGGGCGGCGGGCACAAGAAGCGUGUGCGGCGCAGCUCGCUGCUCAACGCCAAGAAGCUGUAUGAAGAUGCACAGAUGGCGCGUAAGGUCAAGCAGUACCUGUCCAACCUGGCAGUAGAAACGGACGAGGACAAGCACCAGAUCAUGUCACUGCAGUGCGAGCCUGCCUACACUACCAUUUCAAAGAACUUGAGUGACCGGCGAUCCAACAAGUCUGACAUGUCGCCCGUCUCGCUACGGUCGGCGCUGCCUUCGGGGAAGACCCAGAACCGGGUGUCGCAGGUGCUGCAGGUGCAGGUGCCGCUCAACCCGCUACGAAAGAAGAGCACGGCCAAAGACGUGGGCCCGCCCAACUUCAGCUCGCCUCAGGUAGUGAAAAAGCCCCCUUCUGGCUCGGCGGACGAGUGGACCUCCAAGAGGUCCUCGGAAGACACCAUUUCCACAGUCUCAUCCCUGCACUCCAGCCCCACGGUGUCACCGCAGGGCUCGCCACGCAAAGGUCCAUCUGCCAAAACCCAAACCUCCUCGGGCCAGAUGAACCUGUCAGGCUCCUCCUCGUCACUGACCAGUGAUGCGAGCACCAAAACGAGCACUAUCAGCCUGCGAAGUUACGGCAUAGGUUAUGCUUUGCUUCCCCCGGGCAAAGCGGACAACCUGUCCGAUUCCAGUCACAGCGAGAUCUCGUCUCGCUCCAGCAUCUGCUCCGUGGACUCUGUGCCCGCCCCGGGUCUGGAGGAGCGUUCUAACAGCGUCGGCGCCAGGACGUCUAUUGCGUCCGCCACCGCCGCCCCCUCAGUGCCGGCUGGCGUGCCGACGCCAGAGAGUGCGGCGGCCACACACUUGAAUGUUGACUACAGCCAACCCAGCACAAGCUCCCUGGCUUCUGCGGCAGCAGCAGUGGCGGCAUCGAGGGGUUACACAUCACGAGGCUCCACAUUCACGUCGUCCGUCUCCACGGAGGAGCUGACGCCUGACCUGGCCUGUCUGGACUAUGUGGCCGACAGCGGGCGCGGCAGCUGGACGUCCUGCUCCUCCAAUUCCCACGACUCUUUCCAGAGCCUGCCCGCCUCUUCUUGUCGACCAUGGGACCAUGGCAUUCACGGGCACCCUCUCAGUCACCGGCUGGCAGGCGCCACCAUCGCCGAGGCGGGCGCACGUGACUCGAGGCUGGCCGAGCAGUCACGGCAGAGCUGGGCGUCUUCGGGCUCUUUGUCUGACACGUACGAGGGAAAUUACGGCACGGUCAAGAGAAGGAACGGCGCCGAGCAGCAAAGGCCGUCUCCCGGAUGUGCCUCCUCUGCCUCGCCGACCAACGACGAUGGAAUGCAGACUACAGACCCCGCCUACAAAACGGUGACAUCCAGCACAGAAAAAGGUCUCAUAGUGUACUGCAUCACCUCCCCCGCCAAGGACGAGCGUUACCGAGCCCCUCCUCCCACCCCUCCAGGCUACCAGGGUCUGGCCCUGGGGGAUGUCAAAGACGCAAUGGCGCCGGUGUCGGCGGGGCCGUCCGUAAGGCCUCCCCACCUCAGACCUCCCGACUACAGCGUGGCCAUGCAGAGAAGCAAACUCCUGCAGAGCCCCGGAGCUGCCGGUAGCCUAGCGGAGGCACGCAGGCUCGCCGGCAGCCGUUUGGGAACGCGCGACACUGCCGACAGCGAGGAAGAUGAACAAGUAUCCGCCGUGUAG